CGAUGACAAGAAUCGGUAUUGAAUGAAAAAUCAGCGCUAAAAUAGCUGUAAAACUGUAAAAAUAGUGAUAUGUAAAUAUUUAUGUUAUUGAAACUAAAUGUAAAUAUUAGUCUGUAACUGUACUGUGAUAUGGCCGAUUUGGAAGCGGCGGACAGAGAAAUAAGGAAUCAGCUCGACAUAAUUCAAUCCAUGAUUGAUGUUUCUGCUCAACGUUUAGAGGGGCUCCGUACACAAUGUGCGACAACCGCAGAACUGACCCAGCAAGAGAUCCGGACCCUGGAGGGCAAACUCAUCAAACUCUUCUCUGACCAACUGAUCAAGAAACUGGCGCUUCGUAAUGGGGGCGCCGACCAGAUCCCCUCGUUGAUCCAAUGGCUGCAAGUCGUGGGGCUGAGCGGCAACUCCAUCCAGGGGCUGUGCCAGAAGAUCUCCACCGUGGAGGAGCUCCAGGAGAAGUCCGAGCACGAGCUCAGGACCAUCCUCAACGAGCGCGGGGCGCGGCCCGAGGAGCUCAGUCGGCUGUGUCGCGCCCUCCACAACCUCAAACGCUACACGGACGCACUCAAACGGGGGGCGAAAGACAACUCGGACAUGCAUCUGUAUUGGGACUCGUGGGACCGCCACCAGAACUUCAAGGGGCUGUCUCCACGCACGAGUAGGACUAGGGCUGCCAGGGCUUCGGUCCCCUCAGAGGAGAGUCUUUGCAACAAUAAUAAUCGUGGAGGUGCGAUCCCUCCUUCCUCCUCUGUGUCUAGCAUCAAUUCUUUGAAUGCUGAUCGGUGUGUGCUUGGGCCUCCCCUUACUCCCCCACCUCUCAAGGGGAAAGGAAUGAAAUUCCCGACAACGCCGCCGGCCCGCCGCAAACACCUGACCGGAAUUCAAAAUCCAGUAUUGUUGUCUGAAUCGUUUCCCUUAACCAAAAGCAAAUCGCAUGAGUCGCAAUUGGCAAAAGGCGAUAACGGUGAACUACCACCACCACCACCACUACCACCACCACCAAGCGGUGAAAAGGGUUCUGGGAAGCGGUCGAGGUUACCGACUGAGCCAGGACCUGACACUGAUUACACAAGUCCGAUCCUGACCAGUCCCAUUAAGUCACCCCCGUAUAAUAACACAGGAACUGAUAGUGACGACAAUAGUUACAAAUCAGCGCCGAGUCUUCAAGUGCCGAAAUCGCCAAGGACACCGACACCAGUAGGCCGAAGUAUGACACAUCAGAUAAAUCAUAGAUUUACGAAAACGUUUAAAAUGAUUGCGACUUGUGGAUAUUGUCAAAAACCGAUUUAUUUCGGUGCUGGAUUAAAAUGCAAAGAGUGCAAAUAUACUUGUCAUAGAGAGUGUGAGGAUAGGGUUACGCCAUCGUGCGGUUUACCACCUGAACUACUCGAUGAAUUUAAAAAGAAAUUGUCAUGUGAAGUACAGGUUUUUCCCUCGCCUAAUCCGAGUAGGGCUAGCAAUACGAAAAAUAUUAUCAAUUCGCUUAGGAUUAGGAAGAGGUCGCAUCCGCAGCCUUCGAUCAACAUUGCGCCGUUUCCGCCUCCUGAUUCAAGUUCGAACACAUCAAGUUGCAAUAGCUCAACACCUUCCAGUCCUGCUGUUCUACCAAUACCAACACCUCAUGCUAGUCACAAACAACAAUUUUCUUUCCCUGAUUUAGCUCAUAAUGAAUCGAACGAAAUAACGAUCGAAACCGACUCAUUGACCACUCACCAUCACGAUCAACAGUCACGUGACAGUGAUCGUACCGCAUCUGUUUCGGGAAGUACCGAUUCGGAUAAAACACCAGUCCGUGUAGAUUCACAAGAAAGUCAAGUUUCAGACACUGAAACGAUCACAGAUGGUCAUAGAUGGCCGCGACAAAAUAGCAUGUCAAUGCGUGAAUGGGAUAUUCCAUAUGAGGAGUUGAAAAUGGGGGAGGUAAUAGGGACGGGGCGAUUUGGUACUGUCUACAGGGGGUAUUGGCAUGGUGACGUUGCUGUUAAAGUACUCAAUAUGAGUUAUCUCAGCGAUGAAAAGACUUUAGAACAGUUUAAAAAUGAAGUGUCAACGUUUCGAAAAACGCGUCAUGAAAAUGUGAUUUUGUUUAUGGGGGCGUGUAUGCAGCCCCCGAAAUUGGCCAUUGUGACGAGUUUGAGCAAAGGCAUGACUUUAUACACACACAUACAUUUGAGGAAAGAUAAGUUUAAUAUGAAUAAAACGACAAUCGUCGCUCAACAGAUCUCACAGGGAAUGGGUUAUUUGCAUGCGAGAGGCAUUGUUCAUAAAGAUCUAAAAAGCAAAAAUAUUUUCCUAGAAAAUGGUAAAGUUGUAAUAACCGAUUUUGGUUUGUUUAGUGUUACGAAAUUGUGUUUCGGAAAUCGACAAAAUGAUGGUUUAUCGAUACCUCCAGGUUGGUUGUGUUAUUUAUCACCGGAAAUUAUUAAAAAAUUGCACGCUCAUCAGUUACAUGCCGAAGAAUUGCCGUUUAGUAAAGCAUCGGAUGUUUACGCUUUUGGUACUGUUUGGUACGAAUUAUUAUGCAGCGAAUGGCCGUUUAAGUCACAGCCGCCUGAGGCAAUAAUUUGGCAAGUUGGAAAAGGUAUGAAACAACCAUUGGCGAAUCUUCAAGCUUCUCGCGACGUUAAGGACAUUUUGAUGCUGUGUUGGUCGUAUCGCGAAGAGGAUCGUCCCGAUUUUAUCCGACUUGUGAAUAUUUUAGAUAAAUUACCGAAAAAGCGUCUCGCACGAAGUCCCUCUCAUCCGAUUCAUUUGUCACGUUCGGCCGAAUCGGUCUUCUAAAACUGAGCAAAAGGAGCCCCCAGAGUCCAGAGUUGGGUAUAUAGAGGGCGUGGGCGCCACCCCCCACUACUAAUUUGUGAAUCUCAAAACGCAUGCGUAUUGAGACAUCAAUUAGGGGUGGGGAGUGGUGACAGAAGCCGUCUAUAUAGGGUGGUACAAAAGUCUAGAAAUGAUUUUAUUCAGGCGAAACUAUCAAUUUUUUUGCCAAAUAAAUUUAUAGGUGUGCAAUGGCUAUAAAAAUGCUAUUCAAAUUUUUUUUUAAAUAUUAAUUAAUUGUUUAUACUUACGAGAUAAACAUAGUAACAAUUUUUU